CCCACCCUAUCCCAAUUUGCACCCUGUUCGGAGAAGAAACAGUGUACACUCAACUCCCUCUAAAUUGCCACUGCCACUCAACUAUCUCUUUCCUUCGCUAUUUGUAUACAAAUUCAUAUAUAACACACACACACACACAUAUAUUUAUAUGUAUAUAUAACUAUAUAUGUAUAAUAGUGUUUGUAUCAAACAGAAAAUGUUGGCCAUUGCAGUCCCUAAUACCUUUAUCAGUUGCAGAGACGUUAACACCUUGUCAAAAAUUGUCCCAAGAUUUUAUACUACUUGCCCUUUACUUUUCUCUAAAUUCCCCUCUAGUCCCCACCUCCAACCAUCACGGAGAGUAGUAGUUUUGUCCUCCAAGUCCCCUGAAGAAGCAGAGCUGUCUUCAACAGAGGACGAGUGGCUCAAGAGGCUACCUGAGAAGAAGAAGCCUCUCUACUCUCACAGCCUACCUUGCGUGGAGGCAUGGUUGAAGAACUUAGGGUUUUUCCAGAGCAAAGAGGAUCGAGCGCUUUGGUUCGUCCAAAAGCCUGAUUGGCACGCUCAGUUGUCUCUUGAUGUCACCGACCUCUAUAUAAGAUACUUAAAGAGUGGACCUGGAUAUAUCGAAAAGGAUGUAGAGAGGAGAUUCAGUUAUGCACUGAGUAGAGAAGAUAUCGAGAAUGCAAUACUUGGAGGACCUUAAGGAUAAGAAUUAUGAAUCUGCUUGUCCUUGUUUCAAUUCAUGGAUUUCCUUCCCACCAGGCUCCUUUCGGAUUGACUUCUUUAGAAAAAAAGACAAGCAUUACUCGGUGUUUAUUUUCCUUUCCAUUUUGUUAAGUGAUAAAUGAUGAAUUUAAUUUACUUUGCCAGUAUCAAUCAUAUACUAGUAAAUUAUUUGUCAAUUAGGAUUGAGGUUGCCCAUAAUAAACUUUGUGACAAUAAAUUUUCUGAUGUUGUUUGAUUUUA